AUGACCCGAUGGCCGGGUGAGCAGCAAGACCUUGUUGUCAAGAGACCAGCCAACGAAUCCUUGAAACUUGAAAGGCUACAACAAACAACAACAUUCCACUCUCUCUUCUCCCCAAACAGAAACAGUAACCAAAUCCGAACCACCACCAAUCAUACGCAAUGACCUCCUCUUUCUCCCUGACUCCAUUCUCUCUCCUCCCCAAACCCACCCAACCCCGCUCUCGCUCCCACUCCAUCAAAUUCUCCCUCUCCCAACCACCACCACCACCACCACCCAACCCAAAACCCACCAAACCCGACCCCAAAUUCAAGUCAUGGGUUAGCCCAAACUGGCUCACUUCCCUAACCCAAACUCUAACCUUCACCCAAGAUGACUCCAACAUACCCAAAGCCAGCGCUCAACUCGAAGACGUUUCUGAGCUUCUUGGGGGCGCACUCUUUCUUCCACUCUUCAAAUGGAUGAAUACUUAUGGACCCAUUUACCGUUUGGCUGCUGGCCCCCGCGAUUUCGUCGUUGUUAGUGACCCCACCAUUGCUAAGCAUGUUUUGAGGAAUUAUGGGACUAAGUAUGGAAAGGGCCUUGUUGCUGAAGUUUCUGAGUUUCUAUUUGGUUCUGGUUUUGCCAUUGCUGAAGGCUCUCUUUGGACGGCGAGGCGCAGGGCUGUUGUUCCAUCACUCCACAAGAAGUAUCUCUCUGUAAUAGUUGAACGGGUUUUUUGCAAAUGUUCUGAAAGGAUGGUAGAGAAGCUGAAAGCCAGUGCAGCCACUGGUGCUGCUGUGAACAUGGAGGCUGUAUUUUCUCAGCUUACGCUUGAUGUCAUUGGCCUAUCAUUAUUCAACUACAAUUUUGACUCGUUGUCUACUGAUAGUCCUGUAAUUGAUGCUGUUUACACUGCACUAAAAGAGGCAGAGAAUCGUUCCACUGAUAUUCUACCUUAUUGGAAGGUUAAAGCCUUGUGUAAAGUUAUUCCAAGACAAAUUAAGGCUGAGAAUGCAGUUGAAGUUAUCCGGGACACCGUUGAAGAGCUUAUUGCAAAGUGUAAAGAAAUUGUCGAAGCUGAAGGUGAAAAGAUAGAUAAUGAAGAAUAUGUCAAUGAAGCAGAUCCAAGUAUACUACGUUUCUUGCUGGCUAGCAGGGAGGAGGUAUCCAGCACACAACUGCGAGAUGACCUCUUGUCAAUGCUAGUUGCUGGCCAUGAAACUACUGGCUCAGUGUUAACGUGGACAGCAUAUCUUCUAAGUAAGGAUCCUUCUUCUUUAUCAAAAGCAAAACAAGAAGUUGACAAUGUUCUACAGGGAAGGCUUCCUUCGUAUGAAGAUACCAAAGAACUCAAGUUUUUGACACGUUGCAUAUUAGAGUCGAUGCGUCUGUAUCCACAUCCUCCAGUUUUACUCAGAAGAGCUCAAGUUGUUGACACCCUUCCUGGAAAUUACAAGGUCAAUCCUGGUCAAGAUAUAAUGAUAUCAGUAUAUAAUAUCCAUCAUUCAUCCCAGGUGUGGGAAAGGGCUGAAGAGUUUGUUCCAGAAAGGUUUGAUUUGGAGGGUCCAGUUCCUAACGAAACAAACACUGAUUUCAGGUUUAUACCAUUUAGUGGAGGGCCUCGUAAGUGUGUAGGCGAUCAGUUUGCGUUAUUGGAAGCAAUUGUAGCUCUUGCAAUCCUUCUUCAGAACAUGAAUUUUGAGCUGAUCCCAGAUCAGGACAUUACUAUGACUACUGGAGCAACUAUCCAUACGGCAAAUGGCUUGUACAUGAAACUGACUGAACGUGCAAAAGAACCUGUAUUUGCUGCAUGAUCGUAGGUAUUAGUGUCUUCAGAAGGAAUCAGAAUUCAGAACACAGUUUUGAGCUUUCAAAUCUCAACCGCAGCUGCAAAGUGGAUUAACUUCAACUGUCGACCGCUGAAGCAGUGAACUAUCAAGGAUUAUCAGGGAUUACCAAAUGGGGUAGAGAUGUGUAAAAUCAAAAUAGUUACUGUCUAAGACUCUUGUACACAUGUUUUCUACAUACAUACUACUCUGUAUAGUUUAGUAGUUUAGCGAUAGUUUUAUUAGUCUCCCUAUUCCCCCAAAUUAGGGAAAUGGAUAUGCAAUUAAUUCUUUAAGGAUGUAUGGAGUAUAUUUAAAAAUUAAGAUCGGUAUAUAUUAUCUCAAACCAGAAGGUAUAUUGAGUGAGAUGAAAUAGUUGUAACCCCAUUACCCAUACGUUUGCUUAUUUCUCCCAAGAGAGUGUUGUAGACUUUUUA